AUGGAGCCGCACAAAGAGGCGCGAACACCCGGGGACCCCGUGGCGUGGCUGCCUGGGACCCUGAGGACUCAGACGCCCGAGGAGGAGGAGCCGCGGGUGGGCGGGUCAGCGCCAGCGGCGUCUGUUUUGGACGCGGAGGCGUGUGGGGCCAGUGCGGACGGUCUGUGGGACCUGCCAGUGGAGCCGGCGGAGCGGAGGCCCGAGUGCAGCCACUGCAGCCGGCCUCAGAAAGUGUGUUUGUGUCCAUUUCUACCAGCGCAUCCUGUACAUAUCUCUACCUACUUGUAUAUAAUUCAGCAUCCAGCAGAGGAGAACAAGGUGUUGCGGACAGUUCCUCUUCUAGCAGCAUGUCUCCCCAAAGAUAAGUGUAAAAUCAAGAUUGGUCGUCGCUUCAGUGAGGAAAGAGAUCCUGAACUUUCAACUAUUUGUCAGAAGUCUGAUACAUUAAUAUUAUAUCCAGGGGCUGAAGCUGCUGAUUUGGAAGAAUUUAUAUUAGAUUCUCCUGUUUAUCCUUCCACAAUAAUCAUCAUCGAUGGCACUUGGAGCCAGGCUAAGGACAUUUUCUACAAGAAUUCCUUGUUCCGACUGCCUAAACAGGUGCAAUUAAAAACUAGCAUUUCUAGUCAGUAUGUAAUUCGGGCGCAACCAACUAAUAGGUGCCUUUCAACACUGGAGUGUGCAGCUGUUGCUCUUUCUAUCUUGGAGAAAAAUAACUACAUACAAGAGACUUUGCUUCGCCCUCUUCAGGCUUUAUGCUCUUUCCAGCUUCAGCAUGGUGCUCAAAUUCGCCUCAGCAAGGAACAUCUUCUGAAAAAUGGAUUAUAUCCUAAGCCAAUGCCAAAGAACAAACGCAAACUCAGGAAAAUGGAACUAUUAAUGAACAGCAUUAAAAUUUAG